CCCUCCAUUUCACUUCUCAGUCCAAACAAAGCAAUCACCAAAUGGAGUGUGAAGGGAGUUGGGAGAAGAGCGAAUUGAAAAAUGAGCUUGUUCAAGGGAUGGAGGUAGCAAGAAAGCUUAAGGCAGAGUUAGAGUUAGAAUCUAGUGCUGACAAUAGGGACUUGCUGGUGGACAAAAUAUUAUCUUCUUAUGACAAAGCUCUAUUGAUCCUAAGAUGGAAUGGAUCAGUUUCCAAGCCCCACACAUUGCAUCCAUCAACUAAAACCUCCCCACCACAGUCCCCUCUACCCCACAGUCAUCAACAGGAACUUAAACACUCUUCACAGAAAAGAAAAAUUAUUUCUAAAUGGGUGAAUCAGGUUAAGGUGAAUUCUGAGAAUGGCUUUGAAGGAUCCCAUGAAGAUGGGUACAGAUGGAGAAAAUAUGGACAGAAAGACAUCCUUGGUUCCAAAUAUCCAAGAAGUUACUAUAGGUGCACCUUCCGCAACACUAAGGAUUGCUGGGCAACCAAGCAAGUGCAGAGAUCAGAGGAUGAUCCCAAUAUAUUUGAAAUAACUUAUAAAGGAAGCCAUACCUGUUCCAAGGGGAAGAAGAAUGCUGCUAUGUCAGCAAAGUCACCAGACAUACAAGAACCACAAGAACACCAUACAAACUUCCAAAACAUGUUGACAGUCACUGCGGCUAAGCCGGGAAACGAAGAAAUGGCAUGUCCUUUCACUUCCCCAUCGACCUCCUCUGGAUGCAGGACACAAGAAAACCAGAACUUCCUUCCUUCAAUUCUAGAGAAUAAUCCCUUCUUGGGCAGUCUUUCACAAACACAUUUGUUAUUACCAAACACACCAGAAUCAAACUAUUUUCCAUCUCCUUUCUGCGCAAAUGAGCUUGAUGGGAUCUACAGCAAUCGAUGCUCGGAAUUCGAUGUUUCUGAGAUCAUUUCCGCCCAUACAUCAGCCACCAAUCCUCCAAUUUUCGAUUUUGAUUUCUCGCUUGAUCCACUGGAACUUGGCCAAAAUUUCCGUUUCAAUGCCUCCAGAUUUCCUCACUAAUGGAUCUAAAGAUUAAAAAUCACAUACUGUGUUUAGAAAUUUAAGAUGAGGAUUUUUUUAAGA